UUGUUCGCCACCUUGCGGUGAUGAUAGGAGCCUCUAGGAAGUUUUGAUGCUAUUCAACGUGUGAAGCCUAAUUUCUGAUUUCACAGAAAAAUAUACGCUGAAUGGAUUAUUAUAAUAAACCCCCUUAAAGAUUCUUAAAGGGGACAGCAACGGUCAGCUGCAUAUUUGUGACUGGAUAUUGCAACUAGAAAAAAAAAAGUAUUACGGUAGUUAAUGUUUCCGAACACGACGAACAGAGCAACUGGUCGCCCGCCUGCAAAGCUUGUAGGAGGUCAGGAGUUUUCAGGAAAGUGCGGGGAUUAAGCGAGGCCUUGUUUUUUAAGUGAAAGUCAUGUCAGAGGACCCACAAAGAAACUUCCGUUCUGCUUAUUAUGAAAAGGUGGGAUUUCGUGGUGUGGAGGAAAAGAAGUCCCUGGAAAUUCUAUUGAAAGAUGACCGACUGGAUGUGGAAAAGCUUUGCACUUUCAGCCAGAGGUUUCCUCUUCCCUCCAUGUACCGCAUCUUUGUGUGGAAGGUCCUGCUCGGGAUCCUGCCCCCCCACGGAGACUCGCACGCCCUGGUGAUGAGUUACCGGAAGCAGCAGUACGAGGACGUGCUGCAGGCCCUGCAGGUCAUGCGCUUUGUGCAGAGCUCCACGCCGCAGGUGGAGGUGUAUCUCCACAUGCACCAGCUGGAGUCCCUGGCACUGCCACGCCGCACAGAGGUCACGCCACUGGAGCCAGAAGCGGAAGACUUCCUUGCAAUAGCCAGAGCCAUGGCGAAGAUUGUGGAGAGCAGUGUUGAUUGUUACUGGCUCAUCAAAUGCUUUGUUAAUCAAUACAGCAACAAGUAUGGAGAUUCCGUACCUCACCUGCCAAAGAGCCUUGAGCACUUCUUAAGCCUUGAGGACAGCAGACUCCUGAAUCACCUCCGGACCUGUAAUGCAAUGAGCAAACUUCCCUAUAAUCUCUGGUUCAGAAGAUGUUUUGCAGGAUGCCUGCCUGAGUCCAGCUUGCAAAGGGUGUGGGACAAAAUAAUAAGUGGUUCCUGCAAAAUUCUUGUUUUUGUUGCUGUGGAGAUAUUACUGGGCUAUAAAAUCAUGCUUAUGGGAAUGAAUAAGCCUGAAGACAUCACCCAGUUUUUGGAAAAUAUGCCCCAAGAAAACACAGAUGCCAUCGUCACCAAGGCCAUUGAUCUGUGGCACAAACACUGUGGGACUCCUAUGCACUCCGUGUAGCCCUCUGCACUGAAGGCAGGAGGAUGUGGGACCACACUGCUGUGUGCACAGACAUCAAUCGCAGACGGAAGAAGGGUUUGGUCAAGCAGCGCCUGUGGACCUACAGCAGCUAUUUACAGUUCAGAACCAUACUGUCUAGAUGCCUUAUACCUGUAGGAAUGAGCUUUUUCUUGCAGCAGGCCAGGAGCAUGAUGCUUGAAACGUACUGUAUACCGUUUAUCUUCGGGCUAUGAGAGCAGGGGCUUGGUUUCAGCUGUAAAUAAAUAUAAUGUGUCAUAAAUUGUUUCCUCCCCCUUUUUUGUUCUUGCUUUUUUCCCCCUCCCCCCCCCCACUUACCUGCUUUCCCAGGGUUUUACAUAAAGCGUCAUGGAGGACAGUAACUUUGCAGCUACAGUGAAGGGGUCUCUCAUGAAAUGUUCCUGGAAGCUCAAACAGAGCUUGGAUAUAACCCUUUCUUAAGAGGAAGACCCUUUCCUCAAUGUUACCUUCUCUCUGUGCGUGUUGGCAGUAAGAGUGUGUUAUUGAGUCUGUCUCGGUAAAACCUAAGAUAUUCCUCCAGUCUCUUUUCGGGUUCUGGGUAUUACUACUGUGUUAAAAGUCAGUCUCAGUCAUAUACUGCUUAAUAAUGUUUGUCGUUGGGAGUGGGUCACUUCUAGACCUCAUCUUGUGAAGCUCAGUGAUGCUUCAAAUCGCUGUCUCUCUAUAACCUGUGCUAGGUUCUCGGGUCAUUCAAGCAGGUUUUCCUUUCCAAUUUGCCUGUACUUUGCCAAUUUUCCUCGGUCCUUACACAAGAAGGGGACCCAUAAUGCGGCUCACUCCCUGCCUGAAGGGUGCUCUGUUGUGUUUGCGCCAAGAAUAACACUUUGCGUCCAGACCAGAAAGCUCAAUGUUUGUGUAUGUGUCAUCAGACCAAAACAUCAUCUUCCACCUUGGCAGGGUUGUCAAUUGUAUGAACAAUGACUCCAGUCUCGGACAUACAGUCUGUACCAGCACCUGUACAUAUACUUACAAACGUUUCAAAGUCUCUCUUGGCUUCACUGUGGCAGCCCGAACCAGUUUCCUGCUGCUCAGUUUAGCCUCAUCUAGAAGGUGUCUAUGUGGUAAGAUGCACAUUUCACUUCUUAAAGUUUACAAAACUGAAAGGAUCAUUUCCCUGUGCUUAAAGGGAUAAAUGAUCUAUUUUUGAUCUGUGCCUUGCUGCCAGUUCAUCCUUUGUUUUGAAAGUACCUUGAUCUCCAUGGUUGAUAAGUCAGCCAUCUUGGUGACCCAUAAUGUUAGUGUCAGAUAGGAAAGAAUGUCAACGGUGGAAAUGUAAAAUUAAGACCAGAGAGCAAUAGUUUUAAAUAAGGUUUCUUUAUAAGAAACUGCAUACAUCAUUAAAGACAAACAAUAAGUUAAACAAUUACAUGCAGUUUCAGUCUGUACAAAAAAAGUUAUAACAUAUUUAGAGACCCAGUUAAUUUGUUAUUUACAGAUUUCAUACACCCAUAGGUUUUCUUUUUUUGUCUUAAAUUACAAUACUGGAAGAAUACAGGGAGACGGUCACAGCAUUCACUCCUAUACGAAGACAAACUGUACAAACAACAUUUCAGAGAUGGACUUUUCUCCUGUUGGACAAACACAUGAGAACAUAGACUGGGUUUUGUUUUUGUAAACCUUAAUCUGUAUAAAGCAUUCAUGUGUGUUACUUCUAGUUUGUUAUAUUACUACAGAGCCAUUUAUUAUCGGAGUCUGAAAAGAAUUUUGAAUGGAGAAAUAAUGCCUUUUUUUUGGCGAUUCCAGGGAUUAUAAAAUAGCCAUUUGUUUAAAGAAUUGAAAACCAUCUUGCAGUGCUCCAAGUUAAAUUAUGCAUGGUAGUAAGAGUUCAAACUAGGGUCUUUGUGAAUACCAAAUUAAAUGUUCUGGAAAUUCCA